GGUGGGGGGGGAAGAGAGAGAGAGAGAGAGGGGAGGUGAAGGAAAGGAAGAAGAAGGGGGUGGAGGAAGGGUAGAAGAUUCGGUUUAUCCGUCGGGAGGAGGAAUUAGGGUUGGGAUUAGGGUUUUCUGCGGUGAUUCGGGGGUUCUGAUUUGGGGCAUUUUAGGGGUUGGUGCUCCCGAGCAGGAGGAGGAGCAGGAGCAGCGGCGAUGGCGGCAGCGGAAGGGGACGAGAGGGUGAUCGCCACGGCGCAGCAGAUAGUGAAGAGCCUCGGCACGACGAAGAACGUGACGAAGGACAUGAUCAUGAUCCUUUCCAGCUUCGACAACCGGCUAUCCACCAUGACGGAGCUCCUAGGGGGCAGCAGCACCGGAGAGAUGGAGGAGCGCCUCGAGGUGGCCGAGGCGAAGAUCAUGCACUGGGACUCGAACUCCUCGGCGGGGCGCCACUCCUCGCUCUGGGGCGAUCUCUCCGACGAGGCCGAAGAUUUCCUGGGCGCCGUUGACGAGGUGGCCGGAUUGACGGAGAGCUUGGGGAAGCUCUCUCUUGCCAGCGACGACGAGCGCGAGCUCCUCGAGCGGGCGCAGUUCGCCCUCCAGAUAGCGAUGGACCGCCUUGAGGACGAGUUCCAGCAGGUUCUAAUUCGGAACACCGUGCCGCUUGAGGCAGAUCGGCUGAAGGGGAGCAUCUCGACCCGUCGGGAGGAUGAUGUGGGCUCGGAGUGCUCUGGUGAAGGCGGCGAACCCGAGUGCGGCGGCGGGAGCGAGGAGGGAGAUGCGGCCGAUCGGGGCGAGUGCGUUGACGACGAGGGGGUUGUUGCCUUGGACCUGAUUCAGCAGGAGGCGAUCUCCGAUCUCAAGGUUAUCGCCCAUCGGAUGAUCCGAUCGGGUUAUGGAGAAGAGUGCUGCCAUGUCUACAGCAGCGUCCGGCGGGACGUCCUCGAGGAGUGCCUCUCCAUCUUGGGCGUCGACAAACUUAGCAUUGACGACGUUCAGAAAAUGGAGUGGAACACUCUGGACGGAAAGAUUCGCCGAUGGAUCCAGGCCGUGAAGGUAGUCAUCGGCGGCAUCAUCUCCGGCGAGCACCGGCUCUGCGACCAGAUCUUCGGCGACCUCGAUGGUAAGAUGGGAGACAUGUGCUUCGUAGAGGCAGCGAAGGGAGCGGUUCUGCAGCUCCUAAACUUCGGCGAGGCCGUCUCUAUCGUGCGGAGAUCGCCCGAGAAGCUCUUCAGGAUCCUGGACAUGUAUGACGCCCUCGCUCAGGUCUUGCCUAAUCUAGGGUCUCUAUUCUCCGGUAAUUCCGGCGAUCACGUGGUUGAGGAGGCAAAGACUUUGCUGGUGAGCCUAGGGGAAGCGGCCAAGGGGACAUUCGCAGAAUUUGAGAACGCAGUUCGAAGGGAGACUUCCAGGACUCCUAUCCAGGGAGGCGCAAUCCACCCGCUGGUGCGGUACGUCAUGAAUUAUUUGAAGUUGCUGGUCGAUUACAGUGACACUCUGAAUGUGUUAAUGGACUCCGAGGACGUAAAUAUCUCGGAAGAGGACGAGGAGAUCAAGUACUUGGGGAGUAGUUCGCCUAUGGCAAGAAGACUCUUCUCAUUGCUCUCCUUGCUUGAGGCCAACGUGGUCGAGAAAUCGAAGCUUUACAAGGACGCAGCAAUUCAGUACAUUUUCUUAAUGAACAACAUACAGUACAUUGUGCAGAGAGUGAAGGACUCUGAGCUAAGUGCACUUCUUGGUGACCGGUGGGUAAAGAAACGGAGGGGCCAAGUCAGGCAAUACGCGACUGGCUAUUUACGAUCUGCCUGGCAUAAGGUUUUGUCUUGUCUAAAAGAUGAAGGGAUUGGAAGCGGUUCCGGGGGUUCGCUUUCAGGGGGUAGUGUCUCUAAAGUUGCGUUGAAGGAAAGGUUCAAGAGUUUCAACCUGGGAUUUGAAGAUAUUUACAGGAACCAGACGGCUUGGAAUGUGCCGCACGCGCAGCUCAGGGAGGAACUCCGCAUAUCCAUAUCGGAGAAGGUUAUUCCAGCGUACCGAUCGUUCAUGGGGAGAUUCAGGAGUCAUUUAGAGAGUACAAGGAGGCAUGCGGAUAAAUAUAUCAAGUAUACGCCGGAGGACUUGGAGGCUUAUCUGCUAGAUUUAUUCGAAGGGGUGCCUUUAACGUUGGGUCAUCAACGGAGGAAGAGCUGAUGAUUGAUUAAAAACCAGCUGUUGUAAUUAACUGUGGGUGGAUUGGAGAUAAACCACAACGUCAGCAAGUAUGGUUUUUAUCGAAAGAAAAAGUAGGGUUGCAUCGA